AUGCAGAAAAGAGGUGUUCAAUAUAUUUAUAACAACGUGCGACUGUGUGACCAACACUUUGAAUUAGGCUAUCGCACACCCUGUAGGAAACUAACAAGGAAUGCAUUCCCAACUUUGAAUAUUGAAAAAGGAAUUCUCCCAGCUCAAUGUGAGGAUACGUCAGACAUUCUGUUAUUUUUUGACGAUCUAUUCGACUCACUAAACGGAAGCUUCACUGGUGACCACAUAGCAAAACCGCUUCAGGGCUCAGUGACACCAGCCUCACCUCAUAAAGCUAAAUGGACCGAAUCGAUACAAAUAUUAAAAAGUAUGAAAUUUGAAGGAAAAGCUUACGUGCCGACUAUAGAUGGAACUGCUUUAAAGCGUCGUUCGUCUAACCCGCCUGAGCUUAAAAAAACAACCGAACAAAUGCAAGACGCAUUAAAAACUAUCAAUACCGUAUUAACCAACAAAUCUACUCAAAAGGAAGAUAUGUGUGAUAUGUAUGGAAAACUAAUAGCUUCCAAAUUGAAGAAAUAUUUCUCAGCUAUCGAGCAGCAGGAAGUAAUGUUAGAAUUGGAUGAAUUGUUGACAAAAAGAAUUAGAAAUAGCCUCAAACAACGUCCUACUUCAUCCUUGAGUGCAAUGAGCUCUACCGGUUCUUUUGAUAGUACAUCACCGGCUGAAAUGCACCGUCUUUCUCUCAAACAUUCUAUGUUCUUCCAGAUUCACCUGUACAAAUACCACAACGGCCAUUUUCGUCUCAUAGCUAUCCAAUAUUUGUGCCAGAGCAAAAUAACAUAUUUACUCAAAGCAUGA